AUGAGUUUGGAUAUUCCUUGUCAAGGUCAGAGUACAGACUCUUCUUUAAGUGUCUUUAAAGAUCAAAGAACCGAUGUAAGAAAUAAAACAUACCAAUGUUUUACGUGUGGGAAGGUAUAUGCCAAGGAAUUAAGUCUUAAAAGACAUAAGAAAAGUCAUACAACUACGAAACAGGUUUUUUGUUCUGAAUGUGGGAAAAGUUUAAAAAAUCAAACGUGUCUAACUAUACACAUGAAAAUUCAUACAGGAGAAAAAGCAUUUUCAUGUUCUGAAUGUGGAAAAUGUUUCACACAGCAAUCGACUCUUGCUGCUCAUCAGAGACUCCAUACAGGAGAGAAACCCUUUUCAUGUUCUGAAUGCAAAAGAUGUUUUACCCAACAAUCAACUCUUAAUCAACAUCGGAAAUGUCAUACAGGAGUAAAAGCAUUUUCAUGUUCUGAAUGUGGGCAACGUUACAGUCGGAAAUCAUUGCUCAAUAAACAUCUACAAUCUCAUAUUUCUUUAGGCCCAUUAUCAUGUAAUGAAGAUGGGCAAAAUUUUAAUGAGAAAUCAAGUUUUAAUACACACCAGCAAUCUCAUGUUAGACACAGGCCAUUUUCAUGCCCUGAAUGUGGUCAAUGUUUUUUUAUCCGAUCCAGCCUUAAGUCGCAUCUGAAAAUUCACACGGGAGAGAAACCAUUUUCAUGCUCUGAAUGUGGAAAAUCAUAUACUCAGAGAGCAACACUUAAUGCUCAUAAAAAAACUCAUACCGGAGAAAAACCAUAUUCAUGUUCUAAAUGUGGAAAAUGGUUUAUCUGGAAAUCAGCUUUUAAUAAACACCUGAGGGUUCAUGCAGGAGAAAAAUAUUCAUGUUCUGAGUGUGGAAAAUCAUAUUCUCAGAAAGGAUCGCUUAAUAAACACCAGAAAAUUCAUAUAGGAGUUUGACAUAAUGUAGUGUACACUCUGACCAAAUAAUAUUAAAGGGAUAUUUCGGUGAAAUUUUAAAUGCACAUAGAUGAAGUACAUCUUUGACUAGAAACAUAUGCAAUAUACAUAUAUUGGCAAAAAAAUUAUUACUGUUUUAGUGUUAACAUUUUUCUCUGCACGUGCAUGUGAAGCACAGGUAGAUAUUCUCAGUGCACCAGCAUUUUAUGUAAUUGCAGCUGCUCAGAGGACCAGUUUAGCUUGUAUCAUAUCAGCUAUCAACAAAUUGAGUAAUUUCAUGAUGGUACAAGCACCUUAGGAUCUCAGAGCAAGUGCUAUGUUUAAAAUGCUGGUGCACGGUGCAUACUUAAAUACACUUUUUAAAUAGCUAUAGCUUUUACUAGAAUCAUUGUUGCUAAUACAUGUAUAUUACAUAAAUGCUUCUAUUCAAAACUGAAAUGCAUCCACAUGGAUUUCAAUUUUGGCUGGAAUGUCCCUUUUAACAUAAAUUUAAAAAAAAGAAAAAAGCUAAAGCACAACCACUAGCCAAUACUGAAGGGGGCACAGAAACACAGUACCGUACCUGACUACCCAACUCUGGUACCUUAUCCAAUAAUAAAUCCUCAGCACCAAAAGUAAAAUUCAAAAUUUAUUCAGCAGGGGGUGUGUGUCCGAACGGCAGCCAUAACAGACUGGAAAGACUGAAUCUCUGAGAAAUUUCAACUUAAUCUACUAAUUAUCACUAGAACACUCUACAAUCCCUUCAAAGUAAUACUUUAUUUUGCUUUCUGAAACGGAUUCAAGCCAGCAUAUACCUACUUUUUUCUACAAUACAACCGUAGUAAGCUGUUCUGGACCGUUAGAUCUUAGGCCUUGCCUGCUAUACAGACUUCAACAUCCCCGGGUAAAACAGAAGAAAAACUGAGCAGCUGCUGGUCUGUUGCCACCUCAUCUGCACUCUAUAAUAUGGAGAUGAUACUACAUAAGGGGGGGGGGUUCUCACUGCUAUUUAUGCAUCCUUGAAGAAGCUAGAGAUGAAGAUAUCAAUCAAGUUCACAAACCUCUCAUGCUUUUAAAUAUUCCAUAGCGCAACCUGAAGCUCUGGCAGAAGAUAUGGGGAGAACUGCUGAAUUUUUAGCAUGUGGAGAACGUUCCUGCAAACAGGGUGAGCAGACCGAAUUGGUUUUGGUUGGUCCCAGCCCUAGUCUACCUGAAGCCAAAGAUGGUUCCUUUUGAUCUUGCCACUGUCCUGGGGGAUGUGGCCAGCUCCUUGGAGCAGAAAUUCAAACAGCCGUUCGUGCAGGGGGAGACCUCCACAGGAAACAAAUGGGCAAGUUUACCAACUAAGAUCUGGAACCGAGACGAUCCUUUGCUGCUGAGACUUGCCGUGAUUGCUAGCGGUCCAGUAUGUGAGUCAUUGUGUUUUGCAGACAUAACAUGUCUGAAAGGAGGGCCCAAUUUUCUUUGGAAUGCUUGCCCUGUCAUACCACAGCACACAUUGCAACAAACGGAUCGCCGCAAAAGAAAACCGAAGGACAAGAUAACUACUUUUUCUCUUAUGACCCAGUAGGCAUUGGUUAAUUAUUUUAAUCUAGUAUCAAUUAGGUUGCCAGGUAAUAUGCC